CAAUUCAUUGCGUGAGAAAUUUGGACACCAUCUUGGCAGCACAAAGAAAGAUCGUUGUGCGAAGGGGAGUAACAUCACCGCCCGGUAAAAAGAUCUGCCUUAAAAACAUGCCCGAGGAGUCGGAACAACAACCUGAGGCCGAAUUGCCCUCGGAGAAGAAAUUACUGGCCUCUGGAGUCACUGGGACUGUGAAGUGGUUUAAUGUCCGCAGUGGCUAUGGAUUCAUCAACAGAGAUGACACCCAAGAGGACAUAUUUGUUCACCAGACGGCCAUUGUGAAGAACAAUCCUAAGAAAUACCUCCGUAGUCUUGGCGAUGGAGAGGUGGUAGAAUUUGACGUUCUGGCUGGAAAGAAAGGAGAUGAAGCCAGCAAUGUGACCGGCCCUGAUGGUGAGGCAGUGCAGGGAAGCAAGUAUGCCCCGGACAGACGUCGGUUCCGCAAUCGCCGUAACUACUACCGUCGCCGCAAGAACACAGACGAUCCCGACGAAGAUCAAGAGGAGGAGGGAGGAACUUCAGAAGGAGGAGAUAACCCAGACGGGAGGCGUCCACGUGGAGGAGGUCGAGGUGGGAGAGGGCGAGGUGGGAGAGGGCGUGGCAGAUAUCGUAACCGUGGGGGUUACCGUCGUCCGCCUCCUGAAUCAGACGAGGGUGGUGAAAAGCGAGAGGAUGAUGAAAAGGGUGAGGAAGGUCAGAAUCCCAACCGUCGUCGCUACCGACCCCGUUACCGUAACUACAGACGCCCACGUCGUCAGGAAGGCGAGGAAGAAGGGGGUGGGGAUGAGAACAAAGAGAACGAGGGAGGAGAACAGCGCCCUCAACGUAGACGUUAUCGUCGACGCAGACCUCAAGGUCCACGCAGCCAGAAGACAGACUCUGGAGAGGAAGGUCCUCCUGCAGCCCGUGAGGACAGAGCACCGGCAGAUACAUCAGAGAACAAGGAGUGAAUAACAUCGAGUUUAGGCCAGGCAGACACCCACACACAUACCCUCAUAUAGACCCAGGGGAAUGCUACCGCAGGCUUCUGAUUAAACAUCAAUUUUGGAAUUAUCUUGAGAAGCUGUCUAGGCAUGAAGGAUGAAUUUUUGCGCUUCCCUUUUUUGGUAGCUCUGAUCUGUUGACUAACAAUCAUCUACAAUUAGUUCAGGUAUUCAGUGUCAUGUCAACAGACGUUAAGAGUUAAAGUAAAUCCAAGCACCAUCGUUGGAAAGUAAAAGAAAAAUCAAUUUUAGAUGAACCACAUUCAUGGACUUGAGAUUGGAUGUAAUAGCUGGAAUCAGUCCAGGUAUUCACUUCUUUGGAUUUGACUAGCUACGAAACCAAAUAUUUAGCGGGAUGAAUCAGAAAGAUUUUUAUCAUUUAGGACACAUGGGAAUAAAUGCAAACAGUACUUUUUUACGUUGAUCCAUAUUUUUACCAUUUUGCAGGGGUAUUGAGGACCAUUUUCAGUUAAUAUUUCAAGGCAAAAAAGAAUAAUUAAGCCACAGAAUUGGACUGCUGAGGCUCACCAAAUCGAGCAGAAAAUGUAGCAAUAUACCAAGAACUCGUAAAUAUCCUGUUGCGGUUGCAACCUUAGUAUCAUCAGUUAUUCACGGGAUUGAGCUCGUAAGACCUGGCGUAUUGUAGAGCGAAUCUUAAUGGUAUUACAGUAUUGUAGUUGAGGUCUUUUGUCUUUUUCCAUCAGACUUGCUUUAUUGGCUGUGGUUUAAUGUUAUCACCAACCCAGGUAUCUGCCAAUGGAAUUUUUCAUUUUUUUGCAGGAAUUUUUGUACCAUUUGAUGAAUUUUUCCGCCCAAGUGUUUGAAACUUUCAUUUAAAUCUGAAAUUUGGUUUUUUGAAGGAAAAAAAGAGAAAAAAGCUUAUUUGCUGCAUUUUUUGCUUACGGUUUUCAAUAAAUUUAUUUUGAGAAAAUGUUUUGAAUGGAUUGAAUGCAAAUGACAACUUGUGAAGUUUGGAUUAUUUAAAUUUGUAAUUGGCAGGUGCCAGGCGUAAAGGCCAUUCUUAAUUCCCAGUCGCUUUUACAGGAUAAUUUUGGUCCUACUUUUUGGCAAUUUUUUGGUAAUUCCUGCGUAUUAUUAUUUCUUUCUGUUAAUUUACUACCAUCUUUAGCAGGAGAUCUUGUUUGCAACUUGUCUUUGCUUUGUAACACCUCAUUGCAUUGCAAGUCCAAAUAAGGCUCAAAAAUAAAACAUCACGUUUGAGCAAA